AUGAUCCCCAAGGAGCAGAAGGAGCCAGUGAUGGCUGUCACGGGAGAUCUUGCUGAACCAGUCCCUUCGCUGGACCUGGGGAAGAAGCUGAGUGUGCCUCAGGACCUGAUGAUCGAGGAGCUGUCCCUCCGCAACAACCCGGGAUCCCUCCUCUUUCAAAAGAGGCAGCGCCGGGUGCAGAAGUUUACCUUUGAGCUUUCAGAAAGUUUGCAGGGUAUCCUGGCGGGAAGUGCCCGAGGAAAAGCGGCUGACAGAGCGGCGCUGGGGACGGUUCCCAAUGGCCCAGAGGAGCAGAACCAAGGCUCCCAGCUCCACGUGUUCCAAGGAUCACCGGGGGACCCCAGGAUCGCCCACCCGGGAGUGGCUGGGGUCGAGUCGGUCCGUAGUCCAAGCGCCCUGGCGCCAGGCUAUGCGGAGCCGCUGAAGGGCAUCCCGCCCGAGAAGUUCAACCACACCGCCAUCCCCAAAGGCUACCGUUGUCCGUGGCAGGAGUUCGUCAGCUACCGAGACUACCCCAGUAGUCGCACCCCCGUCCUCCGCGACUAUCGCAACUUCAACAAGACCCCAGUGCCAUUUGGAGGACCCCGUGUCGGGGAGGCCAUUUUCCAAGCAGGCACCCCCUUUGUCCCAGAGCCCUUCAGUGGCUUGGAACUCCUCCGGCUCAGACCCAGUUUCAACAGAGUUGCUCAGGGCUGGGUCCGGAAGCUCCCUGAGUCUGAGGAGCUGUAG